GACUUACUGCAUCGUGGCUCCCUUUUAUUCAUAUGCUUCAUUUCAAACACUAACUAUAAAUAUGGGCUAUAAGAACAACUGGUAUUAGUGUAUAUAACUGUAAAGAAUAUAAAUACUGUUUUCCAUACUACAAACGAAUUCGUGUUUCCAUUUCCUGGUUACGAUAUUUCGGAUCCAUUCAACAUAUAAAACAUAAGUUUAUGAAAGAAACAUCGAAUACUUUUAAAAUGAUAUUAAAUGUAAGCGUAAUUGGUAAGAGCUAUACCACCAGCUCCUAAUAUCAUGUAACUAUGACAUUUAUUCUGUACGAUUCCUUACGUUGAGUAGUCAAUAACCUCAUAUAUUUCUUACUAAUCUACGUAACGGAUCUGCGGAUUUGAAGCUUGCUUAAACAUUAACACGGAUAAAGCCCAGAAGUGAUAUAUUCAAUUAAAUAACACAAAUCUAUAAAGAAAAUGUGGGUGUUUGGCUAUGGCUCUCUCAUAUGGAAGGUCGAUUUUCCAUAUGAAAGGAAAUUGGUGGGACAUAUCAAAGGAUACGUGAGACGAUUUUAUCAGAAAAGCACGGAUCACAGAGGAGUGCCCAGUAGGGUGGGUUUCUUAAGAAAGGCCAGGAAGAGUGGUUACUCUUUUAUCAUCAAAGAAUCCUAAUGAUGAGGUGUGGGGUGUAGCUUACAAAAUAGCUGCAGAAAAUAUAGACAAUGUCGUUAAUCAUUUAGACUUUCGAGAAAAAGGAGGAUACAGACGACAAACUGUUCUGUUUCACCCAUGCAAUCCUCAGCAAAGCAUUGAUGGAGAGGACAUUACUGCUUCUUCAAAUUGGCAUAUGAACUCUGUGGAACCAUCAGUAUCUACAUCUUUGGAAGAAGCACCAUUCUAUUUGACAAUCUAUAUAGGUGGU